CUUUUCUUCCAUCCUGUCGGAGGUAUCUCUUCAUCGAGCCUCAACUGGGAUUCCUCGCUUGCUUUGCUCCUGAGACUUUCUCUUCCUCCCCCCUCUUUCCCCCCACCUGUUGUGCGAGAUCAGAAAUGAAGGUUCUGGGACAUAAGAUAGAAUUUUUAACAGGACUGCUGCUGCAGGAGGUGACUAUGGCGGGGCUGCACGAGCUGCGGUUCACCGAGGAGAAACCCCUACUCCGCGGCCAGGACACCGAGUUGGAGAGCUCUGACACCUUCCUCUCCGCUGUGGACACCGACUGGAAGGAGCAUGACAUCGAGACCCCAUACGGGCUUCUCCACGUGGUGAUCCGGGGCUCCCCGAAGGGGAACCGCCCUGCCAUCCUCACCUACCACGAUGUGGGACUCAACCAUAAGCUGUGCUUCAACACCUUCUUCAACUUCGAGGACAUGCAGGAGAUUACCAAGCACUUUGUGGUGUGCCACGUGGACGCACCAGGGCAGCAAGUGGGGGCGUCACAGUUUCCCCAGGGUUACCAGUUUCCCUCCAUGGAGCAGUUGGCCGCCAUGCUGCCCAGCGUGAUUCAGCACUUUGGGUUCAAGUACGUGAUCGGCAUCGGGGUCGGAGCCGGAGCCUACGUCCUGGCCAAGUUUGCGUUGAUCUUUCCAGACCUAGUGGAGGGGCUGGUCCUGAUGAACAUUGACCCCAAUGGCAAGGGGUGGAUCGACUGGGCUGCCACAAAGCUCUCUGGCUUGACCAGUACCUUACCUGAUACAGUCUUGUCUCACCUGUUCAGCCAGGAGGAGCUGGUGAACAACACGGAGUUGGUUCAGAGCUAUCGGCAGCAGAUCGGCAACGUGGUGAAUCAGUUCAACCUGCAGCUCUUCUGGAACAUGUACAACAGCCGCAGAGAUCUGGACAUAAACAGACCUGGAACCGUCCCUAAUGCCAAGACCCUUCGUUGUCCCGUGAUGCUGGUGGUGGGAGACAACGCACCUGCGGAGGACGGGGUGGUUGAGUGUAACUCCAAACUGGAUCCAACCAACACCACCUUCUUAAAGAUGGCCGACUCCGGAGGACUCCCCCAGGUCACCCAGCCGGGGAAGCUGACAGAAGCCUUUAAAUAUUUCCUGCAAGGCAUGGGCUACAUUGCGUACCUGAAGGACCGAAGGCUGAGUGGCAGCGCAGUGCCCUCGGCCGGCAUGACCCGCCUGGCCCGUUCCCGCACGGCGUCCCUCACCAGCGCCAGCUCGGCAGAAGGCAGCCGCCCCCGGGCUUGUACCCACUCGGAGAGCAGCGAGGCCAUGGGCCAGAUCAACCACACCAUGGAGGUGUCCUGCUGAGGCCCUUCCCCGGCCCCCGCAGGCCUCCCCCCACCGCCUCGUCCCGCAUCGAGUCGCCAUCCAACCGCCAUUCCGGGCUCACGCCCACAGUUCCUUUGUGUUGGGGAGGGGAGCGGGGCGGGUUAGUUUUCUUUUAUUUAAAAAAAAAAAUGUAAAAUAUCCUGAAAUGGAGGGGGGGCCACCUUAAACGCCAAGCCAAACAGAAUCUCCAGAGCCCUUUUUUGAGGUCGUCGGGGGAGACAGGGAACUGAGAUGGAGUCCUCCCCCGUGGCGCUUUGGCCAGUUGGGGCUCCGGGGAAGAGAGUCUCGGGCGAGUCGGGGCUGCUCCUCCUCCAGCGGCCUCGUGCCCGUGGCUACUCCGCCUCUCUCCAGGGAUAAGUCCCCGGAACUGUAGGAAGUCAGCCACAGUAUUUGAAGGCAAGUUCCCGGCCCCCCUUGGUUAUUCUCUCAGUUCCGGGCUGGGGAGGACGGGGAGGGGGAGACCCUGAAGCUGGGCUACGUAGGAGCCCCCCGUUCCAUGUGGCAAGCUUGCUGACAAGUCCCCCGGUAUCUAUCCUCUGAGCACUGGGGCUUUUCCCGGGCCUCCAUCGGUUCUCAAAGCUAAACCUUUCUCCCCGAGGCUCGAGAACCAGGAGCCCGGAGAAAAGAUCUGGGGCUGACAGCUUGCUUUUCCCGAGGAUCCCUUCUUCCUCUUCCCCCGGGCCCAGAGCAUCUUUGAAACAGGGAAGGGACGUGAUGGGUGGAGGAAGGGGCCAGAGUUCAGUUCCAUUUCCCCCGAAACCAAGCCAGGGGGAAGACUCCCAGCUAACCGAGGGGAAUGGAUGUGAAAUCAAAAAAAAAAAAAAAUCCAUUGGUGGUUCAGGAGAACAUCAAGUGUGGAAUUUUGGUUAGUUGUACGAAAGGUCAGAGAGAGAGAGAGAGCCAGGAAAGAACCAGCUUCUGAGCAAAUUCUGGGAGGAGGUGCCCUGUCCUUAGAACUCCAGUAUCCCCUGCUCCUCACCAGGCAUUUAUUUUUUUAUUUUGUUGCAUAAACGACAAUCAACAAUAACCAAAAGGAUGAACCCGCCCGCACCUCCUCCUCGACUAUCUUUUCUCCAACCCCGAUCUGCUGUCAGAAGCUGAAAGCCAAUGGAGAGUGAGCUUAAGGCUAAUAGAGGCCCUUUUCUCUAGCUGCCUCCCAGUUUUGGGGCUCUGGGUUUCCAUCUUGGAGUCAGCGACUGCCCCUGCUGACCCUCAGGGCACGGCCAAUCCACCUGGCCUCUUCCUCCACCCUCCCAACUCCUUCCCUGCCAACCCCAACCCACCGGGCUUCCAGGAUAGAGAGAGGUCAGACUAGGAAACUGUCUCCCUGCUUAAAGAGCACUGGAAGAGUGAGUGCAAGAAAGGUCCCCGCUCUCUUGGAUUGGGACCGUGCGGCACCACUAUUAGUCUGUUGGCCUCAUUCCUCUCAUGUAGCUGCCAAGGCAGAAAAAUGUGCAGGUUUUUCUUCUCCUGUAUCAUCCCCGGAGACUGCCUGCCUUUCUGGAACUGCAUCAGGCCUAUUGACCAGAAUUCUCAAUCAAGGUAGGUGUCGAAAAAUGCCUCCCCGGAUCCAGAAAAGGCAAAAAGCAGGGAAAAUUUGGGGUUGGGGCGGGGGGAGAAACGACCUUCUACUUGGGAGGUCUCUUCUCCCACUCUUUCUUCCCGAGCACUUUGGACAAAGCAUCCAUCAAGGCCUUGGUCCCUCCUGAGGGUGUCCUACAACAUUUUCCCCGGAGGAUCAGGAAGCCCAAGGCCCUCCGUGUCCUGAAUGCUUUGGAGCAUGCAGGGCCCUGGAACCGCUCUUUACACAUGUCACCAAGGGGUUUCAGUCACCGGAGCUGGGAGUCGAGUAGAACCGGGAUAGCGAGGGGCAGUGGUCAGCCUCAGGAUUUGACCCCAGCACUAAACACUUUUCUAGAUCCAUCUAGAAAUGGGCACACACACACCCCGCCGAAAUACCUUGGUCCAGUGACUAAAGAGCUUUUUUUCCCUCUGGAGCUUGGAGAAGAAAGGCGCGAGGAACUCUUCCUGAAACUUCAGUCCUUCCCAGGGCAAACUCCUGGGGUCGGCCUAGCUGUACUAGGGCCACAGGGUGUCACGGAAGCCGGCCCGAUGGCAAAGGGAGAAUUUAGGAAGCGGAUGGGAAGGGAAGGGAAAGCUACCCACCAAUCCUGCCUGUGGAUCUCAGCCGCAGCCCCCAUCGCCAUCCGAGAGCACUUCUGCUGUCACGCCCCUGGGCCCCACUGAACUUCCAUCUCCGCAGGGCCGGGCGGCUUCUCCCUCUCCGUUUCGCUACCGCGAACGGAUCGCAUCGCGAGUGGGUCGAGUGGGUAGGUCUUUGGCAUCCCUUCAAGAGGUGGGAACAGAGAGAGAGAAGUUAGAAGUUCAUUGUACCGGAGGCAUGAUGUAAAAAGAGGUGGGAGCUAAUGGUAAACAGGACAGGGUCUUGAGCUUCAUGCGUCAUAUAUAUUUUUUAGAGGACGAGUGUCUGAAUGUGUGCCUGAGACACACACACCCAUAUACAUGUACAUACACACGCAGACCGACUCUACCCACAUUCAAGUAACUCCAUCUAAAUGGUAUUAAGGCGUCACUAACCAUUCUAGAAACUACGUGGUGUAUCAGUUUGUUUCCCACUCUGUUCUCCCGUGCGCUUCCUUGGGACAUUAAAUGUGAAUGUUUGAAAAGCUGGUAGAAAAUAUACUUUUUACUGUAGAUAGCGCCGCAAUUUUCCUUGGUUUUUUUUGGUGUGGUCUUUAAGAUGAGCUAUCUAUAAAUAUCUAUACAUAAUAUAUAUAUUGGGUCCCCACGUGUGGUCUCUGAGGGUGGUCUGACUGUAUCCGUCGGUUUGCUUUUCCUUUCAGCCAAGGUGAAGAUUAAUUGAUUUCCUACUUUCUCCUGUGUACAAGGUGAAAAACCUAUUUUUGUGUUUUUACGGAGGUCGAUGCUAUGAGUUGCACUGAUGCCAUGAGAUUGAGACGACAAAAAUGUAAAAAAAAACAAAAACCUUCGUCGGUGUAGAGAGAAUUAACUGUGUUGAAAACCAAUAAAGAAACUAAUAAGAAUGUGA